AUGAGUGGAGAGGCGAGAAUGGACGAGGAUUUGGAUGCGAACCAGCAGCUCGACGCCAACAGCACUACGGGGGAUGUGUCCGAGUCGUUCUAUCAUAGAGCGAACAUCACCGCAUCCACCUCGGGAGACGUCACAUCUUCUUCUGGUGAUACCAGCAGCUCUCUUGGACCAGUGCCUCUCACCGUCACCUCGUGGCUCGAAAAAAUCGCCUCUUACGAAAGCAGACACAUGGCACAUGUUGUGCAAGGCUGGCAUACUGUACAAUUAUCGCAGAGCUCUGAAUGGAGACGCUUCAGCAAAAGCCUACUCAAUCUCUUGGGAAGCAUUGAUAUCGAGAUGGAUGACCCCGACGCACCUCACUUCAUGAGGUCUUUCCUCCAGGGCCAGAAUACAAUCCAGCAUCUCAAGCAGCGAGUCGAGAUGGGCGCUAAUUGGGAACGCAGACGACACAAGCCACUCGAUGAUCCAGCAGUCGAGGCCCCUUUGCUCAUCAUCCUCAAGGGGUUGCGCAGUCAUACAGGCAUGCGCUUCGAUGCCAGCAAUGACCAUCAACACACAGAUGCCAUUUCGCACUUGGAGCACAGCUUUUUUACUGCAAAGUUUGCUGGCCUUCGUCAUGUCCGUCUUGCUCAAUAUCUCGCAACUUAUGAAGCAGCUUUCACUGAAGAGCGUCGCCGCAUGGUUGCAGGUUUGCCAGAAGACAUUUUGGAAGAAUCAGGACGGCAUCCAUUGCCUCACUCUCGCUCUCUUGCCAUAUUGCAGAGCAGCGGUACAGGCAAGUCUCGCUUGGUCAACGAAUUGGGAAACCUUGCUCAAGACAUCCCGUCGAGCGACAAAGCUUCGACAGUUCACCUUGUCUUUACCCUCUGCUUUCGCAAGCCCAAUGAGGUCGGAUUUCCCUUAGGCGAUGCCUCCUAUUACGACUGGCUCUGCGAUCCGGAAUUUGGAUCGCGCCUGAUCAAUGAUGGCAUGGAUUGCCGCCUUGUCUUCAAGAUUCGACUCAUUGCGCUGUUGAAUGCCAUCUACGAGCAAAGCGCUCGUCUCAUCACCGGGGCACGGGUCUCUACGAUUCAAGCCCUCCAAGCACUUUGGAGAUCUCACACUGCGCCUAGCAGGGACACCUUUGAGGGCAUGCGUCACGACGCCCAUCACAAUUGCCAGCUAUAUACUGACAUUCUUGAUCAGGCGUCAACGUCAUGGGCUUCAAUGACCGCGAAUCUCAAUCUGGGGUCAGUGAAGAGCCGCAUUCACGCUUUGCUCAAGCAAGUGGGGAAAUCUGCUUUUCAUCUACGUGCAGCGCUGGAUCGCUUCGGCUCAGACAAUGUCUGGUUCAACAUCGCUUUGGACGAGGUUGCUACGCUUGAGCCCGCAGUACUCAAGCGUGAGAGGUCCUUCUUGUGGAUUGAGGACCUGCGCUCCAUCUUUUGCCCAGCAGCCAAGAGCACCCAAUUGCCACCUCGAUUUUGGCUGCUGCUCCUCGGUACCAAUGCUUGUUUUCAGGCACUAAACCCCGCUGUAGCAGCCGCGGGGUCGAGCCGCGUCAACAAAGGAUACCUGCGCCAUCAUCAUCCCUUCACCAUGGCUGCUCGAAACGUCCAUCUAGAUGCAAAUCCUGAGCUCCUCGACGCGAUCGAAAGUGCGCCACCCAUCAAAGCAUGUCAAGUCCACGUAUUGGCAUUUUUUGGUCGACCCCUUUGGCACGCCAUGAUCAGCUACGACGAACAGGAUCCUUUGAAUGGAGAACCUGAUAUCGAAAAUUUGGGAGAUGCCGUGAACAGCUUUGUGCUCAACAAAGUCCUCAAGACCGUCGAUUCAGGCGUGGACCUCCAACCAGCAAACCUCACCGAAGCCCAAUGCUUUGCGCUACUCAGUCAGAGGAUGGAGCUUGAUGAUGGUGCGAGUAUCGCACAGACAGACUCUAGGCUGCCUGGGAGUGCAACUCAGUUCCACAAGACUCAGAUCAAUGAGCAUCUUAGGAUCCUCGAUGAUAUGAACGCUGCAGGGAACGCCAUCAAGACAUACACAAUGUGCGAGCCCCUGGUCUCUGCCAUAGUGGCCAUUGCCAUGUCGAGGGAUCUGACAGCUCAAGCAGCAGUGUGGAAAACAUGUUGGACACACCUCCACUCUCUUAUCACCACACGGGCCAUCAUUGACCAAGGUGCCUAUGGCGAGGUCACUGCACAAGGGCUAAUCUGCAUUUGCAAAGAUGCAGCCCCUCGACCAGAUCCUGUCAGACUUGGUCUGUCUGAGCAUGAGCAGCCAGAUGCCUGCAGCCCCAUCAACCAGUUUGUCCAGGCCAGCAAUUUUCUCCGCUCCCUCUUGAGCACCAUCAACAUGAGUGCUGGGAGUACAAGGGUGUUCAACAACUUGCUUGCAGACAUGGAAGAUUGUUGGGUCAACUUCACUCGCUUCUCAAGAGGGCAAAGAAGAUGGCAAGAGAUCUUUCCGUUUGAGCUCAAGGUAGCUUGGACCAGGAUGACUGCUAUCAUAGGUGCCACAGGACAAGCAGACUGGGACCUGCUCAUUCCUGUGUACUGCAGAGACUUGACAACACCCUUGAAGCAAAACUUCACAUUCAUCAUUGUGCAAGUCAAGUCAAGAAAGGAUCCUGUCAAGUCUUGCCACCCAGUCAGUCAGCCAUGGGCUUACCAGGGUGCUAAGGCUCCCAUUUCCAUCGUGCUCAACCUUGGCACGAGUGUUGCUGGUCAAGAAGAGGUCUUUGCGCGUCGCUACCCACCUGCUGGAGACAGGCCAAAAACGCGCAAAUGCAGCUCCCAUGAGCCGUGGUAUCAUGAGCUGUAUACAGUUGGCUAUCACCCGCAGAAUCACCCAGGACUGCGCCUGCUUGGCGCUGCAGCUGAAGACUUUAACCUGACAAAGUACUUUCGACAGCCUCAUCAUGUGGAAGGGCGCGAACAGGACUCUGCUCAAGGUCGCGGCUGGCAUGCACAAAGAGACCUCGAUGAAGUGAAGAGGCCACGCAGGCAAGCUGAAUCCUCGCGCAAAAGAGCCUGCACGAUGUAA